UUGUCUGGCAUUAGCCUGUGUUUCAUCUCGCCGUUUAAACGCGUCGGGAGCGGAUUUGUUGAAUUUUUGUAAACAAAUCGCUCGAAAACUGUUAAAAUCGUUCAAAACACUGACCACUGACAGCUGCGAGCUGGGUUAUGCAAAAUUCUGACAUUUUUUGUGAUUACUUCAGCUAAUAAAUGAGUAAAUCGGGUUGUUUCUGAAAGUGGUUCAAUGUGUUCAAAAUAGGUCAGAAAGAAAAAUAAAUAUAGACCAAAAAUGAUGGAAGUAAGCCAGAAUGUGGAACUGAAGGAACUGUCGAAAGAGGGCGCUUUACUCCGAACUAUAUCCUCGGACCUCGGUAGUGAUGUAGAACCUCUCUCCACCCCUGCCAUUGACAACAAAUCCAGUAGCCGAUCGUCCAGGGAUGAAGGCGACCUUAGUGAUCUGACUAAUGGUCAGGAUUUACCAAUCCAAGAUGUUGGUAAAUCAAUUACAGCCACGGAAGUGCAUGAACGGAAUGCGGGUAGCGACUUGGAUGACCUGCUAGACAAAAUAAGCUCCAUUGUUGACUGCAGUCCCAAGAACUUGGACGAUAGUCCUGAUAGUCCCGAUAAGAGCGAGGAAUGCGACUCUGCGACGGCAAAGGAGAAAACAGCUGGCCUUCAUGAAAGACAGUUUGAUGUGGUAGUUGAAGACGAAAAGGUAGAAGAAGCAGAGAAAGAGGUGCUCAAAAAGUGUGAAAAUAAAAACGUGGAGCUGGAACCGGAGCUUGAAUCCGUAAAGGGUAUUGAAGAGGUAAUUGAAGACACCCAACAAAGCAUUCAAGAUAAAGAAGACAAAGAAAAAGAAGAAGACGAAAAAGAAAGCAUUCAAGAGAAAGCAAUAAAGGAAAUUGAUGUCUCGCCCGAUGCUGAGGAAGAAAUUAUUUCCAAAUCUCCGACCGAACUGAGCACCUCCAAGGAUGAUGUAUUUGAGGAUGCUCUAGACAGCAUUUCCAGCUCAGAUGAAUUUGAUGCAUUCGUUUCUCAGGACUGUAAGAAAGCUAAGCCACGUGAAGAGCCGGUCACUGAGUCAAAGCCGUCGGCAGCUGAAGAUCUUGAAGAGAUCUCCUCAGAUGAAGAAAAUAUCCCUAAGGUUGACGAAGUCGAAAAACCCGUCAGAACCGAAAAACUUCCCGACGAGGACGUCAUAGAUUUAGAUUCUUCGAAUGAGUGUGUAGUGUGCGAAACUACAACAGAGGUCAAGGAAUCUGAUGCCAUUUCGGAGGUCAAGAAAUCUGAAGCCGUCGCGGAGGAUACGUCUUCGGAAGCCAAAGGUGAUACGGAAGCACUAGAAAUUACGGUAGAGGAAACAGUUACAUGCACAGAGGUUAAGGAAGUGGAUGCUGCAGCCAAGGAUACAGAAGGGCCAGAAGUUAGCAUAGAAGAGGAGACAACCGUUGAAGAAUCUGCGGAAUUAGAAGCUUUGAGUGCAGCGAAAGCAGAAGCUUCUCUUAAUAAAGCGGCCCCCAAGUCGGUUAUUGGACUCCAUCAAGAAGAGGGCCACAAAGCAACCGAGGGGCCAACUGAAAGAGAACCGAAGUCAGCCGAAGAGCCAAUAGAGCCCAUGUUAAUAGAUGACGAAGAAUCAAUAACAAAUCCUAAGAAGGUUGCUACCGAGCAUGAGGAGGGUCGAACGCAAACCCAGGAACGGAAUGACACCACUAUAGACGAUUUCCUAAUGGAGGUCGACAAAGAUUCCUUCGAAAGCGAGGAAAAAAAGAAAUCAAAGAAGGAAGAUGAUGCACCGGUGAUUAUCUCCGAGAACGAUAAUGAACCAAGGGUUAAUGGGGUCUCCGAAAACCCAACUGAGAAGGAAACUGAAAAAAAAGAGAAAGAUAAAGAUGAGUCAAAUGAGAAAAUCAUUCUUGGAAAAGAAACCAAAGAGAACGAAUCAGAUGACGAAGUGAUUUUCUUUGAACCUAUAGAUAAGACUAAAACGGAUGAAACUUCCGUAGAGCCAGCAACAGAGAAAGUCAAGCCUGAAACUGCGGCGGACAAGGAUGACGAUGUCGUCCUGGUGUCUGAAGAUGAGGACGAUGAACCGUCACCUAAAACAACGGAGAACAAAGCUGUCAAGAGUUCAGAAAAGAAAACAGCUUCCGAAGAACUUCCCACGGAUUCAACUGCUCAGGAGUCGGUUGCUAGCAAGGACCUACUGGUGGACAAUACCGAUAAUGCGUGUGACCAGUUUGAUAAACCAAAGACUCAAGAUAAGGUGAAGUCUGCUACAACGGAGGAUGGAAACAGCAACUCUAGCAGUAGUAACCUCUUAAGGCCAGCCGAAAAUGCCGAACAGCCUGAAUCAAAGCGUCUUCGCCUUAGUGUCGAUGAGAAAAUAACCUCCAACCCAGAGGUAGGCGCAGAGUCACUUUUAAAAUUCGGCAGCGAAGAUGAAGAUAAAAAUUAUGCGAAGCGGAGCCACGAUAGUGUAGAGAGAAGUCCUGUUCAGAGGAACGAGGAGAUACCCAAUAAAAAACUCAAGACUGAUGAUUCCGACUCGAAUAGUUCAAGCGACACGCUCCAAAUUGAUCUAGAUGCAAAGGACGAUACAGUGGAUGAAAACCCAACGGAAUUGGUCAAACCGCUGGAUGAAAAGGAACUCAAAUUGGAUCUGAAACCGGAGCCUGAAAUAAAAUCGGAUGUCAAGCCGCUUCGCUUGGAUUUCUUGAAGAACUUCCGCAAGAGCUUUGACACCUUGACCCGCGACGAUUUAGAAGAGCUGGUGCUGCAAAAGGUCGUUGAGGCAAUGCUGGUCAAGAGUGAGUUUGCGGACAUACGCACACAGCUGGACAAGUGCGAAAGUACACUCGCCGCAUAUCGACGUAAGAUUGCCGAGGUGUCCAAGCAGUUCCUUGACUUGGACACGGUGCACAAGAGAGUGCUGAAGGACCUGGAAAGCAAGAACUCGCACUUUACCGCUCCGGUACGUAUAACCCGAGCUGUCGGACUGCAGGUUGGCAUCCCCUUCAAAGCUAUGAAGCCAACGGUCGCCGUGCAGGAUCAGUCGCACGCAGCGAGCAGCAUGUUGGCGCCACCCAGUGGAACACCUCCGAAGGCGAGCACCUCGCCGAUGCGAUCACCAAUGAGAUCCAGGACAACGCCUUCCGGUGCUGCAACUGUGCCAGCAACUGCCACGAGCCCCAACCCCAGUACCAGUCCAAGUCCCAACCUUCAGCAGCAACUUCGAUCCAAUGCCAACUUUGGCCAACCACCGACUGCGGCGACUGCUGGCACGCCACCAGUGCGAAGGGGCUGUUUGCAGAAGAUAACACCCCAGCGGCCGAACCCAGGGGCUUCCGUCUCGCCUGCCAACAGUCAGCCAAACGUCCAUCGCCUGCAGGCCUCUCCGCCGACCGGAGGCAUUACUAGGGGCAUGCAUGCAUCCAAGCACACAGGAUCCACGGGUAUGGCAUCCUCGGCAGUCGUUGCGGCUGCGGCGGCCAAAGCUGCUGCCAUGCGACAGCGGAAUGCAACGAAUGUCUCCGCCUCCGUUUCUGCCUACAUGGCCCAGAAGCAGCAGCUCCAGCAACAACAGCAACAGUAUCAAACACAUCGGCCAGGUCCCGCAUCCAGUUCCAGCUCUGGACUCAGUCCCGGUCCGGCCAAACAACCCAAGUGCACGACGACAGUCCACGCCCAGGCACCGCCUAUUUCAGGGGCAACCGUGUCAGUUCCCUUGUCUUCUACCGGAGGAAGCGUUCCUGGAUCCUAUGGCCAACAGCCCAGCUUAGCGCCGGCUAAGCCGAAGGAGAAGGCCGUCAUCGAUCUGACUGAUGAAGAUGACGCAGCGGCAGCGGCCGCAGCAGCAGCGACGCAAGCUGCUCAGGCCGUGCAGGCCUCCAUAGAGGCGAAUGCUCGUCUGCGCCAGGCGGCAAAUAAUACGGUGAAGAGGAAUGCCCAGGCGGCAGCUGCGACGAGAGGCCGAGGAGGCCGUGGAGGCGGGAAUGUGGUUCGGCAAUCUCCCAUGCAAUUAGCGCGAGUGAAUGCACGCCAAAUAGUUCAAAGCAAUGGAGGAGGUCAGCGUAAUUCUAUGGGCUCGAAUAUAACCAUGCAGAUACGCUCCGAGAAUACCCCGCCAGCUGCCUCCCGGCUAAGGUACUCUCAUCCGGCGCCACUGCCCACGUCGCCUGCCCAGCCCUUUAAUCCAGCUUGGAAAAUGCCGCCGUCGCGUCCUGUAAUCCGCAUCAGUCUUCUGGACACUGGAAUAGUUAUCUCGUGGACGCUGGAAGACACGAGCCCGCGGUACGCGGAUUGUGUUACCUACCAGAUCUAUGCGUAUCAGGAGACGAUCCACGAGCCCAGUACGGACAGCUGGCGACAUGUUGGCGAUGUUAAAGCUAUGCUGCUGCCGAUGGCCGUAACACUGAACCAGUUCCAGGAGAACCAGCGAUACUAUUUUGCAGUACGGGGAGUGGACGAUCACCAGCGAUUCGGCCCGUUCAGCGUGCCGAAGACCUGGUCGUAAGCGAAUGGAUUAGUUCUUUUCCUUUUCCAUGCAUAGGAUAAGCAGUAGUCUUAGAUCUAAUUUGUAUUUUAUUUAUUUAUACAUAUAAGUAAGCUUUUUAAGGAUUCAUUCGGUCGCGUUAUAGUUCAUCUUUUGAAAUUAGCUGAAUUAUGAGUUAAGUUUUAAGUUUUAACGAGAUUUUGUACGGGAAUAACGUCAAGCUAAUCCUGCCUGUGCAGCUGUGGGUCGGGCAGCAUUAACAAAAUUACAAAAGAAUUAUAUUCUUAAUCCCAUUAGGUUAUCACUAACCAUUAAGUUCUAAACUUACAUGAAAUACUACCAACACUGAAUAAAUAUCGAAAGAGAUGACA